UCUCUUCGGCGAGCGGAGGAGAGAAGCCCGCAGCCUGCUCGCCGGAGGGGCAGGGGAGGGCAGGGCGCGCAGGAAGCGGCGGCAGCGGCGGGCCUCCCGCCUCCUCCUCCCCGGGAGGCUGGGAUGGGGCCAGGCAGCGGCUCGAGCCGGCCGAGAGGUGGCGGCUGUGCCAAAGCUGCCUGGGAGCCCGGCGCGUGGAUCGCUCUCGGCUGAGGAGCAGAGCCCGCGGGAGGAGGAGGAAGAGGAGGAGGAGGAGAAGCGAAAGCGGCAAGCCGGGCGCGCGCGCGCCCCCGCUCCGCUUUGCGGUUGGACCCCCCCGGGGCAAAGCGGGGGGGGGGGAGGCCGCGAAAGAACCAGCGAGGAGCCCUGUCGCUGCGCCCCCGCUCCGCUCGGCCGGCAAGAUGGGCUGCUGGAGCCGGAGGCUCGUCGGAACCGGAGCUCCGUCGCUACUGCUGGUCUUGGCGGUCCUGCUGCUCCUGGCCGGGCAACAGCCGAGCGCCGGCCGGAAACCUCCUAAGAGAAGAUGCGCGUCGGGCUGCACCUGCACCAAGGACACGGCGCUGUGCGAGGGAGUCAAGGAGAUCCCCCGCGAUCUGCCCCCCAACCUCAUCUCCCUGUGUCUCAUUCGCUCUGGCUUCACCGAGGUCUUGGAAGGCAGUUUUCAACAGGUGCCGUCUCUCCAGCUGCUCUUGAUCACCUACAACUCCCUGGAACUGAUUGGGGAUGACGCUUUUGUGGGACUGACACACCUGGAAUAUCUGUUCAUUGAACAAAACAGACUAGAAGCCAUCUCCAAGAAUGCCUUCAGAGGCCUGAAGACUCUUCUUCAUCUGAAUUUAGCCAACAACAACUUGCAGACCUUACCAAGGCACCUCUUCCGAGGCCUGGAUUCACUGACUUCAGUGGACCUGCGGGGAAAUGCUUUCCACUGCGACUGUAAGCUGAAAUGGCUGGUGGAAUGGCUCAGCCACACCAGCGCCUUGGUGGAGCCCAUCGAGUGCCACUCGCCGGCUGAGCUGAACCACACAAGUCUCAGCGAACUGAGGCCUGGAGGGUUCAAUUGCAUCACCACUGAACUUGUCCUCUUUGACACGUUGCCAGAGCAGUCUCUUUCAAUAGAAACAUUCGUCUACCAUGAUGAAGAGAACUUGGUGAUUGCACAGCCCUUUACUGGACGGUGCAACUUCCUGGAGUGGGACCACGUGAGUGGGAAAUUUCGCAGCUAUGCCACUAUCAAUGGUUCUUCCACCGUGGUCUGCAAGCCCUUGGUGAUUGAGGGAGAACUCUUUGUAGUUGUCGCUCAGCUCUUUAGAGGGUCCCACAUCUACAAGCGACACGAAGCUACAGGGCAGUUCCUGCACACCCAGGUCAUCGAGAGCUCACGCAUCCGCAAGCCCAACGACAUCGAGGUCUUCCGAAUGGAGGGAGACUGGUAUUUCAUCAUGGCUGACAGUUCCAAGGCCGGCUCGACCACCUUGUACCGCUGGAACGGCCACGGCUUCUAUUCCCACCAGUCCUUGCAUUCUUGGUAUCGUGACACGGAUGCUGAAUUCCUGGAGAUUGCAGGCAAGCCGCACCUCAUCUUGGCCAGCAGCUCUCAGCGCCCUGUCGUCUACCAGUGGAACAAGCAGCAGUUCGUGCGCCGCACGGACAUUCCUGAUAUGGAUGACGUCUACGCUGUCAAGCAUUUCAAGGUCAAGGACGACGUGUACAUUUGUUUGACGCGCUUCCUUGGAGAUUCUAAGGUGAUGCACUGGGACGGCUCCAUGUUUCGAGAUGUCCAGCAGAUGCCUUCCCGCGGCUCCAUGGUCUUCCAACCGCUGAGCAUCUCCGGAUAUCGCUACGCCUUCCUUGGUAAUGACUACUCCUUCAGCAAAGUCUACCGCUAUGACCCCAUCACUGGCCUCUUCCAGCACUUCCAGGAGCUCAACACCCAGGCCCCGCGCUCCUUUGCCCACCUCAACGUUGACAAGCAAGACUUCCUGAUUGCCUCCAGCUUCAAGGGCAAGACACACAUUUACCGCCACCUCAUCAUUGACCUGAGUGCCUGAGCCCAGCGACAGUGGGGCUGGUGGGGGAGGGCAUUGAUCGCAGGUAGGAGGCAGCUACCGCAGGGAGAAGCAGCCUAGGAGAAGACCGCUGGCUCCCGGGAAGUGCAGUACCAGAGGCAUCCACUAGGGGGACACCAGAUGCUGUUGAGGAUGCACUUCUCCAAUGGCCGGAGAUAACAGCUGGCCAGCAGGUGGGAGCUGGGCGACUUAAGAGCCAUAAUCAAUCACUAGCAAAUGCAACCGGAGUGGGAGCAGAAGCCAGCAGGUUUUUUGUUUCCUUCCGACCUGCCAAAUGAUGAUAAACUGAGGCUGCCGUUGCCGGAAAGGGCAGUUUUACAGUGGGGUUAAGCCAGAAAACCCCUCACCAACAAGACACUUGGCUUUAUAGGGAGGUGAAUCCUCUCCAGAAUUCUCUCUGAAUUUCCAUUCUUCCUUCUCCCCCUCCCCACCCUAACAAGGAUGAGGUUGAUUCGGUUGGAUUUUCUUCUUCCCUUUUUAAUGGAUUCCUGGAAACAUUUUUUCCCCACUUUUGCUUAUUUUGCCUGCUUGCUUGUACGGCUCUGUUUUCUUUUGAAAACAUUUCUUUUUUUUAAAAAAAAUUGUGCAAUCCUGCAUCAGAUAACUGUAACCUAUGCGUGCCUGCUCAAAACACCAACGUACGGCUGAAUUCACACAAUGCGGACAGAGCCAUGUAGAAGGGAAUUGAUCGGCUGGGAUUCAGGGUUUUUUUGAUGGGGGAGAUCUUAAUCUAGUGUGGAAACCAGGCCACGGUGUUAAGUUAUCAUAUGAGGGGUUUUUUGGGGGGGUGGGGGAGGGUUGGCUAUCCCAAAUCAUGGGCCCAAAACGUUGUGUGAACUCAGCCAAAGAAUCUUGGAACCCCUUUAAAUGUCUUAUGAUAUAAGCUUUGUAUGUUAUACUUGAGCUGCGGCGGCGCAGUGGCUAGAGUGCAGUACUGCAGGCUACUUCUGCCGAUUGCCGGCUGCCUGCAGUUUGGCAGUUCGAA